AUGGGAUGUUCUGCUGAAAUAUGUCUCAGUGCUCAGCCAACCAAGUGUAAGCGGGCGGGCAAGGAAGAGAAUGAUUCAAAAGAUGAUAAGCGGAGAGCUGCCCACAUCCACAGCUGGAGGUUGCUAUUGCGAAAAGCUGAUAAUCACUAUGAGAAAAAUAUCUGUUGCUCUCAGCAAGGUAUCUCCCUGGAAAGCCUUUGGAGGGAUCUCCCUCAGCCUAAGCCGUCUAAGAAACAGUUUGAGCAAUGGCAUGCUAUGGGCUGCAAGUUUGCAGCCAUAGCAGCCGGUGGAUCUAUCUAUGCCCUUGUUUUGGUUGCAGGCUUGAACUUACGGGUUCAACUUGGUGAAAUGGACGGAACGACACCAUGA